GAAGCCGUCACCAAGACCAAGAAGAUCUUGUCUGCGAACAUGGAGGCGCAGCUGUCCGUGGAGUGCCUGAUGGAGGACGAGGACUUCGGCUCCACCAUCAACCGCGAGGUCUUCCUGGAGAUGUGCCAGCCCAUGAUGGACAGGGUCACCGCGGUGCUGGAGAGCGCCAAGGCGGCUGCAGCAGCUGCUGGCAUCACCACUGAGCA